AUUUAAGUGGAAAUGUAACAGAACUAGCUCUGAUGAUAAGAACAAAGGACCAUCAAGCAGGAUUGUGCAGUAGAAAUCUUUGCUUCCCAAUGAAGGCACCACCAUUUAGAAUUUCUACUUCUUCUAAGUUGUUUGCGUAAUUGGCCUUAAAUGAGGUGAGAGUGAAAAUACAUCUGUGGAAAACAUCGUUAGCCUAUACUCUGGAGGCUUCUCUCGGAGCCCUAGCUUUGACUGUGUCUGUUUUCAGGACUCAUUAUGAUCAAAGAAGCCUCCCAGGUGUGAAAUUUUUCAACAUGAGUGGCCUCGGGGACAGUUCAUCUGACCCUGCAAACCCAGACUCACAUAAGAGAAAAGGAUCGCCAUGUGACACACUGGCUUCAAGCACUGAAAAAAGGCGCAGGGAACAAGAAAAUAAGUAUUUGGAAGAGCUGGCUGAGUUACUUUCUGCCAACAUCAGUGACAUUGACAGCCUGAGUGUAAAACCAGACAAAUGCAAGAUUUUGAAAAAGACGGUUGAUCAGAUACAGCUAAUGAAGAGAAUGGAACAAGAGAAAUCAACCACUGAUGACGAUGUACAGAAAUCAGACAUUUCAUCCAGUAGCCAAGGAGUAAUUGAAAAGGAAUCUUUGGGGCCUCUUCUAUUGGAGGCUUUGGAUGGAUUUUUCUUUGUUGUGAACUGUGAAGGGAGAAUUGUGUUUGUGUCAGAGAAUGUGACCAGCUACUUGGGUUACAAUCAGGAAGAGUUAAUGAAUACUAGCGUCUACAGCAUACUGCACGUGGGAGAUCAUGCAGAAUUUGUGAAGAAUCUGCUACCAAAAUCACUAGUAAAUGGAGUUCCUUGGCCUCAGGAGGCAACCCGAAGGAACAGCCAUACCUUUAACUGCAGGAUGCUAAUUCACCCUCCGGACGAGCCAGGCACCGAGAACCAAGAAGCUUGCCAGCGGUAUGAAGUAAUGCAGUGUUUCACUGUGUCUCAGCCAAAAUCAAUCCAAGAGGAUGGAGAAGAUUUCCAGUCCUGUUUGAUUUGCAUUGCGCGGCGGUUACCUCGGCCUCCAGCUCUCACGGGCGUGGAAUCCUUCAUGACCAAACAAGAUACUACAGGUAAAAUCAUCUCUAUUGAUACCAGUUCCCUCAGAGCUGCUGGCCGAACUGGCUGGGAAGACUUGGUGAGGAAGUGCAUUUAUGCUUUCUUCCAGCCUCAGGGCAGAGAGCCAUCAUAUGCCAGACAGUUGUUUCAAGAAGUGAUGACUCGUGGCACUGCCUCCAGCCCAUCCUAUAGAUUCAUAUUGAAUGAUGGGACAAUGCUUAGCGCCCACACCAAGUGUAAACUUUGCUACCCUCAAAGUCCAGACAUGCAACCUUUCAUCAUGGGAAUUCAUAUCAUCGACAGGGAGCACAGCGGGCUUUCUCCUCAAGAUGACACUAAUGCUGGAAUGUCAAUUCCCCGAGUGAACCCCUCGGUCAAUCCUAGCAUCUCUCCAGCCCAUGGUGGGGCCCGCCCAUCUACAUUGCCUCCAUCCAACAGCAGCAUGGUUUCCGCCAGAGUAAACCGCCAGCAGAGCUCAGACCUUCAUAGCAGUGGUCAGAGUAAUUCGAGCAACAGCCAAGGGAGCUUUGGAUGCUCACCUGGAAACCAGAUUGUAGCCAGUGUUGCCUUAAACCAGGGACAGGCCGGUUCUCAGAGCAGUAAUCCCUCCUUAAACCUCAACAGUUCUUCAAUGGAAGGUACAGGAAUAAGCCUAGCACAGUUCAUGUCUUCAAGAAGACAGGUUAGCUCUGGAUUGGCAACACGGCCCAGGAUGCCAAACAACUCGUUUUCCCCUAAUAUCCCGACACUGAGCUCGCCCGUUGGCAUGACAAACAGUGCCUGUAAUAACAGUAGCCGGUCUUACUCAAACAUCCCAGUAACAUCGUUACAGAGCCUGAAUGAAGGACCCAACCACUCUGUCGGCUUCUCCACCAGCUCACCAGUGCUCAGGCAGAUGAGCUCACAGAAUUCACCCAGCAGGUUAAAUAUGCAACCAGCAAAAGUGGAGUCCAAAGACAGCAAAGAGAUCACAUCCAUUUUAAAUGACAUGAUUCAGUCUGGCAACAGCUCCAGUGAGGUCAAGCCUCUGGACUCAGGGCUUCUGCAUAACAGCGACAGGCUCGCGGAGGGGGACAGUAAAUACUCGCAGACCAGCCACAAGCUAGUGCAGCUGUUGACAACCACGGCAGAGCAGCAGCUACGACACGCUGACAUGGACCCUACUUGUAAAGAUGUACUGUCCUGCGCGGGCACCUCCAGCUCUGCCUCUGGGAACUCCACAGGUGGCACUUGCCCCUCCUCCCAUAGCUCGCUGACAGAACGGCACAAAAUUCUGCACCGGCUCCUACAGGAGGGGAGCCCCUCAGAUAUCACCACAUUGUCAGUGGAGCCAGAUAAAAAGGAGGGUGCAUCGACGGUGGUGUCAGUGCCUGCACAGGUCCAGGGCAACUCCAGCAUAAAACUAGAACUGGAUGCAUCCAAGAAGAAAGAGUCCAAAGACCAUCAGCUCCUCCGCUACCUGUUAGAUAAAGAUGAGAAAGACUUAAGAUCAACUCCUAACCUUAGCCUGGAUGAUGUGAAGGUGAAAGUGGAAAAGAAAGAACAGAUGGAUCCCUGUACCACAAACCCCACCCCGUUGACCAAACCUGCCCCUGAGGAAGUUAAACUGGAGUCGCAGAGCCAGUUCACAGCAGACCUCGAUCAGUUUGAUCAGUUACUGCCCACACUGGAGAAGGCAGCCCAGCUGCCGGGCUUGUGUGAGACAGACAGGAUGGACGGAGCGGUCCCCAGUGUCCCCAUCAAAUCGGAGAUCCUGCCAGCUUCACUUCAGUCCACCGCUGCCAGACCCACUGCCAGACUGAACAGAUUGCCUGAGCUAGAAUUGGAAGCAGUUGAUAACCAGUUUGGGCAACCAGGACCAGGUGAUCAGAUUCCAUGGGGUAAUAAUACAGUCGCAGCUGGAAAUCAGAAUAAACCAGAAGACCAGUGCAUUAGCGCACAACUAGAUGAGCUUCUCUGCCCUCCGACCACCGUAGAGGGAAGAAACGACGAGAAAGCUCUUCUCGAGCAGCUGGUCUCUUUCCUCAGUGGCAAAGAUGAAACGGAGCUAGCCGAGCUCGACCGAGCUCUGGGGAUUGACAAACUUGUGCAGGGUGGUGGAUUGGAUGUAUUAUCGGAGAGAUUUCCACCACAGCAAGCAACACCACCAUUGAUGAUGGAAGAAAGACCCAACCUUUAUCCCCAGCCUUACUCUGCCCCUUCUCCUACUGCCAAUCUCCCUAGCCCUUUCCAAGGCAUGAUCAGGCAAAAACCCUCAAUGGGGGCUGUGCCUGUUCAAGUCACACCCCCCCGAGGGACCUUUUCACCUGGCAUGGGCAUGCAGCCCAGGCAAACGCUUAACAGACCCCCGGCUGCCCCGAACCAACUUCGACUUCAACUGCAGCAGCGGUUACAGGGACAACAGCAGUUGAUACACCAAAAUCGACAAGCUAUCUUAAAUCAGUUUGCAGCAGCGGCUCCUGUUGGCAUCAACAUGAGGUCAGGCAUGCAGCAGCAAAUCACACCUCAGCCACCCCUAAAUGCCCAAAUGUUGGCCCAGCGCCAUAGGGAAUUGUGCAAUCAGCAGCACCGACAGAGGCAGCUAAUACAGCAGCAGCGAGCCAUGCUGAUGAGGCAACAAAGCUUUGGGAACAACCUCCCUCCUUCAUCUGGACUGCCAGUUCAAAUGGGGAACCCCCGUCUUCCUCAGGGUGCUCCACAGCAGUUCCCCUACCCACCAAAUUAUGGUACAAACCCAGGAACCCCACCUGCUUCUACCAGCCCAUUUUCACAACUGGCAGCAAAUCCCGAGGCCUCCCUGGCCAACCGUAGCAACAUGGUGAACCGGGGCAUGGCGGGAAACAUGGGAGGACAGUUUGGCACUGGAAUGAAUCCUCAGAUGCAGCAGAAUGUCUUCCAGUAUCCAGGAUCAGGGAUGGUUUCCCAAGGUGAGGCCAACUUUGCUCCAUCUCUCAGCCCCGGGAGCUCCAUGGUGCCCAUGCCAAUCCCGCCGCCUCAGAGCUCUCUGCUCCAGCAAGCUCCGCCCACUUCUGGCUACCAGUCACCAGACAUGAAGGCCUGGCAGCAAGGAGCGAUGGGAAACAACAAUGUGUUCAGUCAAGCUGUCCAGAACCAGCCCGCACCUGCACAGCCAGGAGUGUACAACAAUAUGAGCAUCACCGUGUCCAUGGCAGGUGGGAACACAAACGUUCAGAACAUGAACCCCAUGAUGGGCCCGAUGCAGAUGAGCUCGUUGCAGAUGCAAGGAAUGAACACCGUUUGCCCUGAGCAGAUGAAUGAUCCAGCACUGAGACACACAGGCCUCUACUGCAACCAGCUCUCCUCCACCGACCUUCUCAAAACAGAAGCAGAUGGAACCCAGCAGGUGCAACAGGUUCAGGUGUUUGCUGACGUCCAGUGUACAGUGAAUCUGGUAGGCGGGGACCCUUACCUGAACCAGCCUGGUCCACUGGGGACUCAAAAGCCCACGUCAGGACCACAGAACCCCCAGGCCCAGCAGAAGAGCCUCCUGCAGCAGCUGCUGACUGAAUAACCACUUUUAAAGGAAUGUGAAAUUUAAAGCAUAGACAUACAGAGAUAUACAAAUAUAUAUUUUUUCUGAGAUUUUUGAUAUCUCAAUCUGCAGCCAUUCUUCAGGUCGUAGCAUUUGGAGCAAAAAAAAAAAAAACAAUUUAAAAAAAGUUCACUUUUGUUGGGAGAUUGAGAGAUGUUUUUGUUUCUUUCUUUGUAAAGGCCUUGUAUAUUGAAGAGAAUAACAAGGCAGAACAGUUGGACAAUCUAUUUCUUGAGCCAAAUUGAAUUAUUCUUAUUUUUAUAAUCAGUCAUUGGCUUCUUAGCUGGAUGAAGGCUUUUGGAGGAGAACCAAAAUGACAAGGUCCCAGGGGAAGAGGCAGCUCCGCCGGCUCACUCCCACCGGAGCCGAGGAAGAAAGGCCAUGACGGGCCUGGCCUCUGCCCCUGCACCAGAGGCUGCCCUGCGUCUCCAAGUCCGCAGCCCUCCCCACCAGACCCCAGGCAGCAGCGUGUGUGUACAAUCAGUCUCUUCUAGCAACUUUGUAUCUGUUGGCGCCAAGAGAAUAUUUUGCCUUCACAUGCGUACCCCUCUUUAUUUUUAAGAUGGAUUUCAACCAAGAUGCCUCCAGGAAAGAGGAAGAAAUGAAUAUAUUCACAGAGGAAUUGAAAAAAGAAAUUUAAAAAAAUACAGUUUGGGGGAAAAUGCAAUAAUUUUUUUGGUGAGAUGGGUGAAGGACAAGAAGUGAGUUCUGUCAAUUACUGUAGAUAACAAUUUUCUGAUUAAAUCUGGAAGAGGAAAUUUUUUAAAAGGCAGCCUGUUUCCUGCUUUUAUUGUAUUAACAGCUAAGGUAGCUAAAGUUAUUUAAAAUAAAAUUAAAUUUAUGAUCCAAGUAGCUUAUUUUUCCCUUGAAAUCUCACUGUAAAUAGAUCUGAUUUAUUGUAGAAAUUUAUUUCCUUCCGUUUAAUUUUAUGCUUUUAUUAUCAUACUCUGGAUUUUUUUUCUAAAUUUGCGUGUGAAAUAUAACAUUGAUUGAAUUGCAGUUACAUCUGGCUAAUAAUAUUUCCUUGUUUUAAUAACUGUGAUGCCGAGUAUGGAUUUACUUUGGGGUUCACAUCAAAGUGCCGCUGCCUGACAGCUGUCUCACGUGAGCUAUAGAGCCUCUUGCCCCAGUGGGUCUCUGAGAGCAGUGCAGAGAAUUGUCCCCUCAAGGGCACAGGCUACUUGGAUGGGAGAGAAAUCAGUAAUCAAAGGAAUUUUCUUUUUUUUAAAGAUUGAUUGACUUUGGGGGUUCGACUUCUCAUCAGUGCGAAUACAACUUUCUCUCUUCUGCUCUGAGACCAACCGGUACUGUAUUUUCCCUUUAUGUCCUGUCUCUCUGCCACGUCCUGUCUCAUCCUGGCCUCUUGAGUCACGGACCCAGUGAACUGACUCUCUAAGUUCUAGAAGAGCCACUGCGAGGAGGCCACGGGAGCCUGAGAGAGGUGUUUCAGAAGAAGCAAAGGUAGCGAGCACCCCGUGACUCCCUCUCCCGGCCCCGACGGGUCGGUCGUGAAUGAUGACAACAUCUGAGAACUCUUCACCAGCCGCCCUGCUUCCGUGGCAGAGACAGGCCCUAAGAACUCACCGAGGAAGAGCAGUGAGGACCCAGACUGCAAGGAAGAAGCCAUUUCCCCAGGGCCUCCUUUCUGCAUCUCACUACCCCUAGUUACGAGGACAGGUCCAUGGGACAGCAUCGCUCAGAAACUACACCGAGUCAAACGAUUGGGUGGAAGAAGGGCUCACAGGGGUAGCGGCUAUGAAACAAAUAGACACUCAAUUACAGACAUUAUCUCUUUCCGUUUUCUCAGAAAAUGCAUCCCUGAUUUCAUUCAUUCCCAGCUUGACUGCCCAGCCGUAUCACUCUGGUCCCUACCAACCUGCUGUAGGAGGUCAUUUCCGUUUCGUUUGUGAUAAUUAGAUGUGCAAACUUCAGGAAGUUCACCUUUAACUUCAGCAUUCCAGAGGAAGUUUCCUGACUCAGUGCUUUUGCAUAAGGAAGUAGGAAAAUAAAUAAAUAAACAUGUGGUAAGGAAAAUUGGAGAUGCUAACACCCUUCCCCAUCCCAACUGCACCUUAAAGUAUGCAUGUCACCUUCAAGGUUUUAUAAUUGCACUGUUUGUUUUAUGUAUGUACAGAUUAAAAUUAUUGCUACAUUUGAGGACAAUAAAGUUGCUUGCUUCUA